GAAAAAACUGUAGAGAGAGAGGAGAAAGAAGACAAGGAGGGAAGCACAUGCCAUGAGGAUAUGAGUCUCGUGGACAUUCUUCUUAACUAGGUUGAAAGCAUGUUUCUGUCUCUUUCUUAGCUUAGGAGCACCUGAGCAGACAUUUUCAAAAAAAUAAGAGCCUUAGAACUUGUUAUUCAGCUUCUGUUAUUCAAAAGACUGCACAUGUGGUUAGGACAUAAAUUGCUAACAGUCUGUAAGUAAAACCACAACAUGUGCACAAGGCAUUUCCAAUUGCUGAUUGGGGUUUGAAUCUGUCAAAUGCACGAAAAGACAAGCUGAAAAAAAGCCACAAAAGGAGAGAAGCCAGUAAAGGUGUGAUGUAUCUUUCUAAAACAGUCCAUAUGUUUUGACCGGUGUGGAAUGAUAUGUGAAGGGAUGGACUCCUCAGCUUUGACCCACCGGUGUGCCCUGGUCCUGUUCAUCUACAUGCCAAUUUGUCAAGCCUUUCUGCCCAACUUCUGGUCACGCGUACUUACGUUGUCCUGGGAUUCAUACACCCAUCAGUACAUGACAGAACAAGCUAUACACAACAUCACAAUGGAAACUCUGAGUAGAAUGGUGGAACAUCAACAAGAUUUAAAUGAUGAGGAGCUGUAUACUGGGCUUAGUCGGGGGUUUUGGCAUGCUGUGGGUGAGGUUGCAAGUGCUAACGCUGCCAUGGAUUUCCUGAGCGCCACGCAGUUUGAUCCAGUGUACCACUUUGACUCUGAGAGGGUAGAAGGAGCUACGCAGAUGCUGCGAGAGUUCUGGGGCCAGACAGUGCUGCUGACUAAGGCUGAAGAUUACCAGGGGGCUAGACGUAUUCUGGGCCAGCUUUUUCACUCAUUACAGGACUUCUACAGUCAUAGUAACUGGGUGGAGAUGGGUCAGCAAGAAGUGUAUCUCCACCUUCUUCACCCAGAAGAGCCUUCAGUUCCUGUUGCCUCAGUGGACACCCCUACCUGUGCACAAUGCUUCAGAUUUAGCUGUUACAGCAAUCUUCUGGAGGAAAUGAUACGUCAGACAGAACCGCUACUGACUACUGGCUAUUUCAGCACUUACCCUGUCAAACCGCCAGGCAAGUGCAGUCACGGUGGAAUUCUAGACAGUAGUCGUCACCAAGGAGCUGAGGGCGGCAUCAACAAAGACAGCACAUCUCCGUUGUUCUCCCCUCAUCACUUCCUCCAUAAAGAAGCUGCCCAUCUGGCUACCACAGCAACCCUUCGAGUGCUCCAAGACCUCCACAAAGAGGUGGGGCCCAAAAGCUUCCUCAGACUUUUCAGUGUCCAGCAGCCCCCAUUGGUCUUCGUCAUUGACACCACCGGCAGCAUGUUUGAGGAGAUCACAGCCGCACGUCUCCGUACCCUCUCUAUCAUACAGGCUCGUCAAAAGAGCCAACGCAUUACUCUGCCUGGCACCUUCAUUCUGGUGCCUUUUCACGACCCUGAUUUCGGGCCAGUCAAGGAGACAGAUGACCCUCAUCAGUUCAUGCAAUACAUGGAGGAUCUGAUGGCUCUUGGAGGUGGGGAUGAACCAGAGAUGUGUCUCUCUGCUCUUCAGUUGGCUCUUACCCAUAGCCCUCCGCUGUCAGAGAUAUUUGUAUUCACAGACGCCUCUCCUAAAGACGGUCAUCUACAGAGAGCAGUCCAGGCUCUCAUACUGGAGAAGCAAACAAAGGUAAACUUCUUGCUCACUGAGGAUCCAAGCUUCAAAGGAAGAGAAAGAGGGAAAAGAAAGAGAGAAACUUUAUCUCCUGAUAGAUUCUCUCUGUAUUCCUCUCUUGCAUCUAUAUCUGGAGGAAUAACCAUCUACACGACAAACAAAGACAUCCACAAAGUGUCGGCCAUUGUAGAAGACACCACUACCUCCAGCAAGGUCACGCUGCUUCACACAGAGAGUGAAUCGGAUUCAUCAAACUCCUUCAGAGUGGACAAAGCUGUGACGAAAGUGAUGCUGCACAUCACUGGUCAGCUCACACACUGUGAGCUUGUCAGUCCCUUAGGUGCUCAACAAUCUCUUCCUGGUACUGAUGGUCCUCUAGCAAUCCUAGACUCAUCUAAGGGUCUAUACAGAAUAAGCCUGCUGUCUCCGAUAGAGAUAGGUAUAUGGCAGCUUUCAAUCAAAGCCAUUGGACCAACUACAUUCAGUGUCCUAGGUGACAGCAACUUGGACUUCCUGUACUAUUUUGCAAAAGAAUCUAAUGAGACACAUCCAGGACUAAGGAAACUUGAAGGCAGCCCUAUAGCAGGAGUCCCAGUGUUUUUAGUGGUUGCAGUGACAGGCCUCUCACCCAAUGAUAAGGCCUCAUUCAGUCACGUGACUCUUUUGGGACCCAAAGGGGAGAGCCUGCUGAAAGUAUUGCUGAACUCCUCGUCUUCCUAUUGGUCUGGAGAGGAGUUAGUGGGCUACAUGAACUCAGUUCCCAGGAUGCCAUUCACCAUGUGUCUCUCUGGAAAAGAUGGAAGGGGAAACCUGCUCGAAAGAGUUUCCACUGAGAUGAUUCAACCGACACACGUGCAGAUACAGGUGCUCUCUGCUCCACAACUUCUCCCAGGUCACAGCUCGACUGUGCUUUUUGAAAUAUUUAAUCAUGGACCAAAACGUCACUUCAGUCUUUCAGCAGAAGAUGACCUUGGGUAUCUCUCCCACCGAGACCAACAAAGGCUGUUUGUCAGUAUGGGGAGCUCUGUGAAGAGGGAGGUUGAGCUAAGGAUCCCUCAAACUGCUCAGACAGGGAGGUCAAUCACAUUGACUUUGACUGUUCAUGCAGAAGACUCACCAGACUCAAACUAUGCUGUGGUACACUUGAUAGUGAUACCAGAGGAGCCUGACAAAAAUCCUCCGACAUGUUCUUCUCUGCAAGUGGAGUCCUCCUGCCCCUCUCUGUGCUCUCAGGGCAGCUGGAAAGUCUCACUGGUAGCAAAAGACAGAGGUCACUCUGGACUGGCAUCCAUACAGCUGGCACAAGGAGAAGGCACCCUCAUUCUGUCUGAAGUGACUACAGAGAGACAUGCACAACAUUUCCCACAACUUCAUGAAGAGACCAUGCGAGGAGUCCAUCUCCCUUUGCUACAGCCACAAAAGGACACCUCAGAAAUCAGUAAUAACCUCAACCUUGGAACAGGAGCUGAACAUGGACGUCAAAGGCUGGAGGGAGUCCAAUUAGUUAAUGGGGAUCGUCCAGUAAACAUUAGUGAAUGGACUAAGGGGAAGCCUGUAAUGAUGCAUUAUUCCUCAGGCUGCUGUGCCCCUCAGGCAGAGCUAGUAUUGUGGGAUAGAGCGGGUAAUAUGAGACGCUGUCAUCUCAUAGCCAGUCAGCAGAGGGCAUUACGAGAAAACAACAGGGCUCACAGUGAGAAAUUUACUUCACAGCUAGUUCUCAUGUUGUGGGGUCACUCAGCAUUGAUUAUUAUCUAUGAUCUCAGAUAAAAAUUUUUUCAUUUACUGUUUAUUAUGCAAUUCUAUAUGGACACAAAACAUACUAGUUUUUAAUACUAGUACACACGCCACAGAAAAUAAGAAUUGUCACUCAGGGAUGGUCUAUUCUGGAAAUUGUUAGGUCUUCACAUGACAUUUGCAUUACUACUGUAUGUCAUUUAGUGCGAACAAAAACUUACAAGUAGGUCUAAUUUAAUGAUUUCUAGUUUUCACAAUUUAUAACAUGCCAAAUGGAGUGGUGUGUGUAAUCCACCUUUUAUUUUAGCUGCAAUAAAAUAUCUCUCUU